AUGGCAGGGUCGAUGGUACGUGUCGCUUCUAUCUCGCAUGCGCAUACCGCCCUAAUUGGUCCCAUCAAGCUCGAGUACGCUAGUCAGGACUUCGAGCAGGGCUUGCGCGAGCCCGGAAAGGUCAAGGAGGACCUUCUAGCCGACAUCUACGACGAACAUGUAGUGAACAUUCUGCGGGUGAAAGCUCCGGGGCGCUUUGACGGGUCCUGUACUCGAGGCGAAGUACGUUCUCUCUCCUCUUCCUGGAACUGGGACGUACUGGAGACAAGCUACAGCAGUUGGAAAGCCCCGAAGUCCGAAAAGGACGGCCGCGAAGUGCCCGUUAUGGAGGAAUCGAAGGAUGACAUGUUGGACUACUACAUGCGGCAGUAA